GUUGUUUUCCUUUCUCUUUCGUCUUUGCAGGAAAGGAAAUCUCCAUACUUUUACUUGUCUGCUGCGAGGAGAGCGCGACAGGAUAAUUAGAUUACAGCGACCACAGGCAGCGCCAGCGCAUAAACCCGCCUUAAAUUCCUCCCGCACUGCAGGCCUCUUCCUCCUCCCGAUAGAUUCUGCUUCGGGGAAGAACCAUUUCUCCUGCUGGUAUUGCUGGUCUCGUGAGAGAUGGAGGUGGAGACGGCGAUGGCUCCUCCCGCGGCGGCGGCGGUGGCCGGGCUGCUGGGCCGCGUGCUCGACCUUUCGUCGCCGUCGCAGGGGGCGGACGGCGGCGGAGCGAAUGGCGCGGCCACCAGGGUGCAGAAGGUGUACCGGAGCUACCGCACCCGCCGCAAGCUCGCCGACUCCGCCGUCGUCGUCGAGGAGCUCUGGUGGCAAGCGCUGGAGUUCGCGCAGCUCAACCACAGCACCGUCUCCUUCUACGACGACCCGGAGCCGGAGACCGCCGCGUCGCGCUGGAACCGCGUCAGCCUCAAUGCCUCCAAGGUGGGUCAAGGUUUAUCCAAGGAUGCCAAGGCACUGAAGCUAGCUUUCCAGCACUGGAUCGAGGCUAUUGACCCAAGACAUAGAUAUGGGCACAACCUGCAUUUUUACUAUGAUGUCUGGUGCAAGAGCCAGGCCGGCCAGCCGUUCUUCUACUGGCUUGAUAUUGGCGAGGGAAAAGACAUAGAUCUUCCGGAAUGUCCAAGGGCUCGGUUGAAGAAGGAAUGCAUAAUGUAUCUUGGCCCGCAAGAACGUGAGUACUAUGAAUACAUCAUUACAGAGGGAAGUAUUAUCAAUAAAAUGUCUGGAGAACCACUUGAUACAAGCCACGGUCCUAAAGGGACGAAAUGGAUUUUUGUUAUGAGCACAGCAAAGAAACUUUAUGCUGGCAAGAAAGAAAAAGGUGUAUUCCAGCACUCCAGCUUUUUAGCAGGAGGUACUACCAUAGCUGCUGGAAGGUUUACUGCAGAAAAUGGAGCUAUCAAGUCCAUCUGGGCAUAUAGUGGCCACUACAAACCAAGUGCAGAGAACCUCAGCAACUUCAUGAGCUUCCUAGAAGAGAAUGGAGUUGAUCUCAAAGAAGUUGAGGUGCGUUCAUCUGCCAGGGAAGACUCUUAUGAAGAUCCAGUGCCUGAUAGCACACAGAGCGCUGCCGCUGCUUUCAUGGCAUCCAAUCCUCCACAAUUGAUUACCCCUCCAAACAUGGUAGAAGAAAGCAAGGCAUCUGAUCCAUCUUCACAAGCUAAAGAUGCUGAUGGCGACAAUGUUCGUCUAGAGCAAGCUAGGCCGACCUACCAAAGAACCUUAUCAGGUGGCCUGCAAAGCCCUAGAGAUACUGGUGUCUCGCAGGAAGCAAUUCUUGAGAGGGUGAAUUCCAAGAGCAAGUCAAAAUCCUAUCAGCUUGGCCACAGGCUGUCCCUGAAAUGGAGCACUGGAGUUGGCCCAAGAAUUGGCUGUGUGAAGGAUUAUCCAAUGGAGCUCAGAAUGCAAGCACUGGAGAUGGUAAACCUCUCACCAAGAGCAUCGACUCCUUCUGCCUCGUGGAGGGUGCCAGCGUGCCUCUCACCCACCUUGCCAACGUCGCCACUCUUGCCAAUGCAGGCCUCUAGCUAGAAACCUUUGCAACUAAAUCAUUGUAGUUUUGCAUCUAUCAUGUUUGGUCUGUGCUGCAAAGGACAGACAUUUGGCUGAUGCUUGCUGCCUUUCCCACAUUCCAUGAACCCAUUUGUACAUGAUUUUAUGAGGAUUAUGUCAGUUCCCAGGUUGCUUGAAGUCAGAUGAUUUUUUUGUGUGUGCAUGCCGAAUGUAAUUGCUACAGACCAAAGGUUCGGCACAUUAUUUCCUGUAUCAUAAUCAGGAUCUCUUGCA